ACGUUAAUAAUGUUUGUAAGAAAACACACAGUUUGUAAAUCCAUCAAGAUUUCAGCGAGAUAAGAGUAUUAACGUUUGUGCAGGUCACUUACCUUACCUCCGUUUACCUCAGGUUCGAAUGAUCCCGCCAGAAAGCCAGCCUGUGGUAAGAUGGCCGACCUGUGCGGACGCUCUAGACCUCGUCAUAAUACAUCUAGUCAUUCUAUAUAUAUAUCUAUGUGUGAAUCUGCUACAGUGUUUGGGUGCGCUGCGCUAAUUGACCCGUGAAGAACGGUGCGUUGCAUUAGUUCCGCUUUUGGCGCUCGUGUGUAAAAUAAGUAAUAAAAUCGAUUUUCAUAAAAACACAUCGUCCUGAACUGUAAAUUCGAAUUAAUCGAUAAAAUCUAUGUAUCGCCCACCUCUACUAAUAACGGUACACGAUUUAGUUCCAGGGAGUUCCAGAACUUUGCAAAAGAGUGGGAGUUUUGCCACAAGGCCUCUAGCCCCCACCAUCCUCAGUCUAAUGGCAUGGCUGAGAGAGUAGUGCAAGCAGUCAGGAUCAUGCUGAAAAAGGCUAAGGCUGCAGGAAGAGAUCCUUACCUUGCUCUGAUGAACUGGAGAAGUACCCCAAUGGAAGACAUUGGAGCAUCACCAGCAUGGCUGCUGAUGGGCAGGCAAACUGAUGAAUCAGGCUUCCAGCUCCUCAAAAACUGCUAAAGCCUCGCAUACCAAACAGUGAGAACUUUGUUAGAAAGCCAGGCAAAGGAAGCAGAAGAAGGACCCCAGUUGCUUCAAUGGCUUCAGGUUGGAGACUGUAUAAGAUUCUGGCCGGAUGGUUUAAGGUUUAAGGUUUUGAGGAGGUUUAAGGUCUCUCCUGCUGUCCUUAAGACCUUCUACUUGGCUGCCAUAGAGAGCAUCCUGACCAUGAGCAUCACAUCAUGGUUCGGGAACUGCUCUGCCCAGGACCGGAAAGCCCUGCAGAGGGUGGUUAGACCAGCUGAGCGCUGCACCAGAUCUGCCUUGCCCUCCAUACAAGACAUUUACACCAGCCGCUGUAGGACCACUGCAACAAAAAUCUUCAAGGACCCCUCCCACCCCAAUAACUCUCUGUUUUGCCUGCUGAAUUCAGGCAAUCUCUUCUGCAGCCUUAUGACCAGAAAUGAAAGGUUAAGGAGGAGCUUUUCCCCCAGGUCAUAAGGCACCUAAACCAUGACAAUACUCCGUGCUUCACACUGUCCAAAUCGUUGCCACAUACCUCAGGCCUCUUGCACAUUGCACUUAUAUUGCACAGCAAAAUGCCUCUUACCUAUCACUUAUGUAUAGAUUAUGUACAGCUGAACAUUUCAUAAAUUUUUUAUCUAUAUUUUUUCUUAUUAUGCACGACUGCUCGGAGGGACCAGGGAUACAUUCCACUACAUGUUGUAUGAGUACAACUGUGUACAUGACGAAUAAACCUCUUGAAUCUUGUGGAACAAGGCAGGAGUUAUAAAACUUGAUCAACACCCCAGAUCAUAUGUGGUACAAACACUGGAUGGACAUGACGUGCUUUUUUUUUUUUUAAUAAAAAAAAUGUGGAAUGUCGUGAUAUUAGAGUUAUUGGAUUAAUCCACAGGGCUAGAGGCUGCCAUUUUGGUAUUGAAAGGAGUCCUGGCAGACAAACAACAGGGCAUAAGCAAAGGAAAACUUUGAUGAUUGAACCCACCCUUGGCUGUUUGAUUUAUUGUAAAGCACAGCACAAAUCAAACGCCACCCACAGCUUAUAGAGGCUUUGAUGUAUUAGUUACCUAAUGCACAUUUCAUGCUGAUCGCAAUUUCCGCUUCUAUGAUUUUGCGCAGCAGGAACACCUUUUAUGUGGGACUUUGGGGGUUUUUGCCACUGACUUUUCUUCCGUGGUGUCUGUAAUUUAUGCAUUGUCAGCACAGACCUAGUCUUUUAAAUAUUCUAUCAGUGUUUAAUCUCUGCCUUUCUCGUUAAGAUGUAUUAAGAAUGACAUACUUUACGAGACUUGCUUGGACACACCUACUCAUUGAAAGGUUUAUUUGUACUAUUCUCUACUUUUCAAUAAUUCUAAAGAUAUUAACGGUAUAAAAAAAAGUUAACCCUUAACCCCAGUUGCUCCAGGCACUGGCUGACCCAGUUCUCUCCUCUACACCAGUUCCAUGUGGUGGCCUCCUGGGAUGCUUUCCCAGCUGUCCUGAAGGAGGUCCCGUAUAUAUGCUGAGUACUCACUGGCUGCUUUUCCAUCACUCAAUGGUCAGACUCCUCCAAAAACCAUUUCUACUGGGUUUAGGUCAGAUGGACAGGUCAUGUGAUGCGACACUAUCACUGUCCUUUGUAGGCGGCUUGGCUUUGUCCACACUUUUGAUUGGUACUGUAGAUGUGGCUCUCAUUGUGGUAUAUUCAGCGAUUUAGUUGCAAUGGGAUUCACAUGGAAAAAUGAUGAGAACCAUCCCCCUACCCCACAAAGAUCCCCACCCCAGUGCGUAUAGCUCAACUAUUGUGUAAUCUUAAUGAGAAGCAGGAUUACUAGAAGGUGUAUGUCAAAUUGUCAGUUUUCCAUAUAUAAUCAGGUUAUUUUAAAAUGGAAGGUUACCCAGAAUGGGUUGCUCUUAAUUAUAUUUCUUGAUAUAUGUGCUUUGUUGUUAUGUGUAAUUGUGUGCCUUAGUGGGCUAAGCCUCUGUGUCUGUGAUCAGAAGGUCACCAGUUCAGAUUCAGCCUUGGCACAUCUGCUGGUCUUUGAGCAAGGUUUCCUGGAUGCCACAACAGGUGGCUGCCCUUCACGGCCAGCUUGCUCUCACCUCCAGAGAGCAAGUUGGGGGAAGUAUAAAGAGAAUUUCCCCAUGGGGAUCAGUAAUGUAUCUAAUUAUUAUUAUUAUUAUUAUUAUUAUUGUUAUUGUUGUUAUUAUUAAUGCAGGUAUUUGAUAAGGAGUCGGAAAGAGUAGAGAGCUGGCAUCAUGUGGUUGAGAUCUGUAUAAAUUCUGUGUAUCCUUAUGUUCAUUAAAUUGUGUAGCACACCGCUUGCUACGGGUUUGGUAGGCUGUCUAUAUCAUGGAUGCUAUAAGCACUGAAGUGGCAGUGAAGGAAGGGACAGCCCAACAGCCACAGCAUCUUUUGAAACAGGAGAUAUUGUGGAUAAACAAGGUAAAAAAAAGACUUCUGUGGUGUAGUGCUACUUUUUGCAGUUUAAAGUCCGAUACAUUUAUUAAACAUGCCAAACUGAUAGAGAUUACUAACUUUUGGGCAUCACAAUACGCCUCUCAUUAAUAUUUUAGGUGUACUACAAAUCUGUUUACCAAAUUGUGGGCGUAAGUAAAUGUCCAUAUAAUAGCAACAAGCCGGCGUCCAGACAAAUAAUCUAAAACCCUGGUCAUUAUUGUGAAUGUGCCAUAUAAUCUGUGAUAACAUGCAGCACUAGUUUUCAGAGAACAAACAGCAAUUAGUUACCAGUUUCUAGUUUUUACUCAUUAAAACUGUUGUGCGUACUAAUUUAUACCAAAUAAAGUGCCUGUUAUAGCUAUAGAUGCACAGAUACCAACCCCCAGGUUCCAACAGGCUCUAUCUAUUGGGUACUUUCAGGUUCCAGCAUGCUCAGUAAGGCUUACUUCCUGGUACUGCCUUCACCAUGGUCACAUGACCUGCUUUGCUGUAAGCUUUAGCUAUGCUGGUUUGAAUAAGGCCACUUUUAUAUAGGCCACUUAUAUCACACGCUUUCGCACCCUUUUGGGGAGGUUUAUUGAUCAGGACCAGGAGGGACGUGCCUGUGUCAUGUCUCACAGGGCACCGACUGCUUGGUCGGAUUCUUCUCGGGGCAUGUUUUGGGCAUGUCUGUACUUUUUCUCUCCAAAAGUGCUUGGCCAGCAGGGUCAGUGCACUAGCGUGCUUUUCUUCUUGCCUCACACCAAGAAGGGGGGGGGGGGGUGGGGGAAGGCAGAAUGAGGUCAUUAUUCAGAGUGCAAAGUAGGAGUUCUCACCAGAGAGUGAACUUGCUUGGCCUGGGCCCAGUUCCAAGGCACAUCACCAGCAUGGGACACCGGCCCCUAGCUUUGAACGUCGUGCUGCACACAUGUGUGUUGGUGAAAUGCAUGUCCUCCGAACAUUCGUGCUUUGUUUUGCACCGAACAGAAACGCAGGUGCAGGACAAAGACUUGAGAGACAUGUUAAUAAACCAUAAUCAUUCUCAUGGUGCUGUAACACUCUGGUCUCCCUUUGGCAUCUUAAGGAUGAAUCACAGCAGAGCAGUGCAUGGUGUGGGUGGGUGGAUGGGUCAACAGAUAGGUGGAUCGGCGUCCCCGCUUUAACAUGAAGCCCGUUAGUCCGUGACAUUUAUUCUGUCCGGUUCCUGGCCCACCCCACCACUGAAACAACAACACUGGGACCAUUUCCCAUGCCUGGGUACAAUGCACGAUGAAUUCCAUGCAAGGAGAAUGAAAUCCUGCAAGAAGGAAGAACUCGCCCCAGCUCUACUAAAAGCGUCAAUUGCAAAACAUCAGGCUUGACACCUCCCCCUCACCCCCCUCCCCAGCCCUCCAUGUUAUCAUUCUCUGUCAUAGACCAGCAGGAAGUUCUUCUGCGGAGUCUUGAGAGUGUGUUUCAGAGCAGGAGGUGUUGCCUUGCUGGAGACACAGACACAAGCUGUCCCUGUUUUUUUUUCUCCUUUUUGUCCCACCUCUUCUUUUUUGAAGUGGAACUUCAGGAAUUUUCUACAGUAUAUUCUUAAAUCCUGUACCCUUCCAUACAGCCAGGUUCCAGAUAAACAAAGAUUGCGUGAAGAUCAGAGUUUCCGGCCUUGUGGGGUACGGCUUUUUGGCACGCAAUGGUGGGGAACUCAUCCCAGGCGUGCCCAGCAUCGAAGGCGUUGCUGGUCAAUGUGCUGCCGACGUUCUUGUCCAUCGAGUUCCUGCUGGGCUUGCCGGGCACCAUACUGGCACUCUGGAUCUUCUGCUGCCGCAUGUCAAACUCCCUGCCUAACACAGUGUUCCUGCUGAACAUGGUGAUGGCCGAUUUCCUGCUGCUCACUGGCCUGCCAUUCCAGAUCGACUACUUCCGCCGCUGCGACAGUUGGAUGUUCGGCCCGUCCUUCUGCAACAUCACCCUCUUCAUGAUGGCCGUCAACCGCUCGGCCAGCAUCGCGUUCAUGAUGACCGUAGCAGUCAACCGUUACUUGAAAAUUGUUCACCCACACCAUCGCAUCAACAACAUAACAGUGUGCCAGGCACGGCUCAUCUCCCUGGUGGAAUGGGUAGUGGUGGUGUCCCUACGACUCCCCCUGCUGACCAAUUUGCUCUCGUGGGAAGAGAACAAUGUCACCCUGUGCCAGAGUUUUGGCCUCACGGAUCUGUCCGUGGGUAUGAAACUGCACUAUGGUGUCCACCUGCUGGAGUUCCUGCUGCCCUUCCUGGUGCUACUUUUCUGCUCCUUCCGCAUCAUCUGUGUUCUGCGGCACCGGCAGAUGGACAAGGUGAAGAGAGUGCGGCGGGCCAUGCGGGCAGUGCAGGCCAUCGUGGCCAUAUUCAUCUUCUGCUUCAUGCCAAGCUUCAUCACUGGUGUGGCUGCACUCAUCUUGGACCGUAAGUCCGAAGACUUCAACCUGUUGUCCACGCUCUUCAGGUUCUCCAUCACGUUCACCUACCUGAACAGUGCCCUGGACCCCAUCAUCUACUGCUUCAGCAGCCCCUCCUUUCACAACGCCCUCAAGAUGUCCUUCAACAGCCUGGGCCUGGUCCAGUUCCAGCUCAACCGGAGGGGAAGCACCGUCAGCGAGGACUGACACCACCUUCUGCCCGACUCUGGGAAGGGAGAUACGCCCAGAGCCCUCAAUGGAUACUCUAGUGCAGCCUGUAGUACUGCCUUGCUCUUCCCUGCCACUGCAACACGCCCCACUUGUGCUGUACGUUGUAACCAGAAUUGUAAGGUGCAAGUGUACAGAUACUGUUUGGCAUAAGUAGACAAUUUAUCAUACACUUGUUUUUAUUUUAUCUGUAAUAUUAUAAAUAGUCUUUUAUGUUUUUUAAUGUUUCCACUGUACUUUAGUAUUAAAAUGAUGGUAAUUUAUUUUUGUAAAA